UGCCUCAUAUUGUUUAAACAAAUGCAAAUGUUUAAACAAUUUGAUUCACGGCGUCCCCCACCUGUCUUUAUUAUUAAUAUAAUCUUUUUCUUUUGCAUACUUCUUUACGUCCCAUUAAAUGACCGUUUGCUGUAAUUAAUUCAAGUGAAACAGAAAAAGAUUGAAAAUAAGAACUAUCAUGUUAGGCAUCGUGAGGAAAUUCAAACUGCAAAAAAAAACACAACAAAAGAAUACAAAGAGUGCACAUUCGUGGAAAGUAAAACAUAAUUCCGCUUUUUUAUACGAUUUAAAUCUGGCAUACAAUUCUGAUAAAUCAGUUGAUAUUGGAAUAAUGAAUAAGAGAUGCUCAUUUUGUGGCGCCUUAAAAUGGAAGGAAGAGUCAAAAGGUAUGUGUUGCAAAGAGGGAAAAGUCCAGCUUCCAUCUCUUAAAACAUUACCAGAUCCUCUUUUAAGUCUUUUAAAUGGUGAUCACCCAGACCAUACACAUUUUAUGGGGCUUACCAGAAAAUAUAAUAAUUGUUUUCAAAUGACUUCAUUUGGUGCGACAAAAGUUUUUAAUGAAGGUUAUAUGCCCACAUUUAAAGUACAGGGGCAAGUUUACCACUUAGUUGGUAGCGUUUUGCCAGCUUCUAAAGAAGAAGCUCAGUUUCUCCAAAUUUAUUUUAUUGGUGAGGACAAUGUAGAAGCCGAUUUCAGGUGUAAAAACAGUCCUGGAGUUAAAAAUGCGUUAGUUAAAUCACUACAGUUGAUGCUGCAUGAAAGUAAUCCAUAUGUUAAGGAUUUUAAAACUGCUCUUAAAAGAGUUUCGAAGAAUUGUAGCCAAUUUAAAAUGGUUAUUCACGCCAAUAAAAAGCCUGUUAGGGCUCAUAGAGGUCGUUAUAACGCACCCCAAGCAAAUGAGGUCGCUUUGGUAUUAGUUGACCAACAAUUUGAAAAAAGGGACAUUAUUAUUGAGGGUUAUAAUAAUCAGUUAAAAAGAAUCAGUGAACUUCACCGAUCUUAUGACGCCCUACAAUAUCCAUUAAUGUUUUGUCAUGGAGAAGAUGGUUACACUAUAGAUAUACCCAAAAUUGACCCCGUUUCAAAAAAAAACGUUAAGAAAACAGUCUCAGCGUUAGAUUUUUACAGUUUCCGAAUAAUGCUUAGAGAAAAUGUAUGGAAUCACCUGCACUAUUUUAGAGCUCUCUUUAGUCAAUUUUUGGUUGAUAUGUAUGCUAAAAUAGAAACAGAAAGGCUUAAUUUUAUUCGGCUAAAUCAAAAAAAGCUGAGAGCAGAAAGCUACAUACAUCUUCAAGAUGCUAUAGGUAGGAAUGAUGUAGAUUUAGCACAGUUUGGACAGAUGGUAAUUUUACCUUCAUCCUUUACUGGCUCGCCACGGUACAUGCACGAAAAAACUCAAGAUGCCAUGACAUAUGUUCGUUAUUAUGGGCGUCCUGAUCUUUUUAUUACAUUUACCUGUAAUCCUAAAUGGAAAGAAAUUAAAAGUGCACUAUUUUUAGGGCAGAAGCCUCACGAUCGGCAUGAUAUCAUUGCUCGAGUCUUUCAUUUAAAGGUCAAAGCUAUAAUGUCUUUAAUUAAUAGUCAUAGUUUGUUUGGGGAAGUGCAAUGCUUUAUGUAUACGAUAGAGUGGCAGAAACGUGGUCUCCCACAUGCACAUAUACUGAUUUGGUUAAAGUCUAAGAUCACGCCUCAACAAAUUGAUUCAAUUAUAUGUGCAGAAAUUCCAGAUUCUGAAAAGGAUCCUCUCCUAUAUGAGAUUGUUAAGGCUAAUAUGAUUCAUGGACCAUGUGGCCGCUUAAACCUAAAAUCGCCCUGUAUGAACGAGGGUAAUUGUUCCAAAAAGUUUCCGCGAUCGUUGCUUAAUGAAACUGUUACUGGAAAAGAUGGUUACCCUAAAUAUAGGCGAAGAGCACCUGAAGAUGGUGGCUUCACCAUGGAAAUUAAUGGAAACAUAAUUGACAAUAGGUGGGUAUGCCCUAUAAUUGUGUUCUCCUGCGGACCUUUGAGGCUCAUAUUAAUGUAGAGCUCUGUAGUUCAAUUAAAUCCAUUAAAUACGUUUGCAAAUACAUCAAUAAGGGCAGUGAUCAAGCUACAUUUACUGUGGAAAGCCCUACUAAUGAGGUUCAACUAUAUCAAAGCGGUCGAUAUAUCAGUAGUUCUGAAGCAGUGUGGAGAAUUCUUGCAUUCCCCAUACAUGAAAGGUAUCCGGCAAUUGUACAUUUGGCCGUGCAUUUGGAAAAUGGUCAACGGAUAUAUUUUGAUCCUAAUAAUCAAAAUCAAUUAGUUAACCAGUUAACCAACGCUUCAAUAACGACACUGACUGGGUUUUUCGAACUUUGUAAAACGGAUUCAUUUGCAAGGACCCUUCUUUAUGUUGAAGUACCUUCCUAUUUCACGUGGAACAAUAAAAAGUUCCAAAGGAGAAAGAGAGGUAAUAUUGUACCUGGUUUUCCUGGAAUUAGAAUGGAUGAUGUUUUAGGUCGAGUGUAUACCAUACACCCUAAAAAUAGUGAAUGCUAUUACCUAAGACUACUUCUUCAUGAAGUGCGGGGACCAACCUCAUUCUAAUUUCUUAAAACAGUUAAUAACAUUACGUAUGCUACAUUUCAAUUGGCAUGUAAGGCUUUGGGCUUACUAGAAGAUGACACACACUGGGAAUAUACCCUAAAGGAAGCAGCUUUAUGUAAAUCGCCAAUUCAAUUACGUGAUUUAUUUGCGGUGAUGUUAGUAAAUUGUCAAAUGGCUGAUGCCGCACAUCUUUGGGAAAUGUAUAAAGAAAGCUUUUCAGAAUACAUUUUGUACGAGUUUUCUCUAAUAGUGGCAGAAGUCAAUCAAGAUCUACUGGAUAGAGUGUUUAAUAAAUGUCUUAUUUUAAUCGAAGAUAUAACACUGUCCAUUGGAGGUACGUGUCUAUUAGACUAUGGUUUGCCCGAACCGAUUAGAGUUAGUAGACCACUUCAAAAUAGGGAAUAUUUAAACGAAAUAAAUUACAAUAUUAAUGAAUUCGAAUUAAGUAAAGACGAAAAUUCCCUUAACGAUGA